AUGUCCUGCCGCUCCUACAGGAUCAGCUCAGGAUGUGGGGUCACCAGGAACUUCAGCUCCUGCUCAGCCGUGGCCCCCAAAACUGGCAACCGCUGCUGCAUCAGUGCGGCCCCCUACCGAGGGGUGUCCUGCUACCGGGGGCUGACGGGCUUUGGCAGCCGCAGCCUCUGUAACCUGGGCCCCUGUGGACCCCGCAUGGCCGUUGGGAACUUCCGCGCUGGCUCCUGUGGACGCAGCUUCGGAUACCGCUCAGGCGGCGUGUGCGGGCCCAGCCCCCCCUGCAUCACCACCGUGUCGGUCAACGAGACCCUCCUCACGCCCCUCAACCUGGAAAUCGACCCCAACGCCCAGUGCGUCAAGCACGAGGAAAAGGAGCAGAUCAAGUGCCUCAACAGCAGGUUUGCCGCCUUCAUCGACAAGGUGCGCUUCCUGGAGCAGCAGAACAAGCUGCUGGAGACCAAAUGGCAGUUCUACCAGAACCGCCAGUGCUGUGAGAGCAACCUGGAGCCGCUGUUUGCUGGCUACAUUGAGACGCUGCGGCGGGAGGCCGAGUGUGUGGAGGCCGACAGUGGGAGGCUGGCAGCGGAGCUCAACCACGUGCAGGAGGCACUGGAGGGCUACAAGAAGAAGUAUGAAGAGGAGGUGGCCCUGAGAGCCACGGCAGAGAAUGAGUUCGUGGUUCUAAAGAAGGAUGUGGACUGCGCCUAUCUGCGGAAAUCAGACCUGGAGGCCAAUGUCGAGGCCCUGGUAGAGGAGUCCAGCUUCCUGAAGCGCCUCUAUGAAGAGGAGAUCCGUGUUCUUCAAGCCCACAUCUCAGACACCUCAGUCAUUGUCAAAAUGGACAACAGUCGGGAUCUAAACAUGGACUGCGUUGUCGCUGAGAUCAAGGCCCAGUAUGAUGAUGUCGCCAGCCGUAGCCGGGCCGAGGCUGAGUCCUGGUACCGCAGCAAGUGUGAGGAGAUGAAGGCCACGGUGAUCAGGCAUGGGGAGACCCUGCGCCGCACCAAGGAGGAGAUCAACGAGCUGAACCGCAUGAUCCAGAGGCUGACGGCUGAAAUCGAGAAUGCCAAGUGCCAGCGUUCAAAGCUAGAGGCAGCCGUGGCCGAGACUGAGCAGCAGGGUGAGGCGGCCCUCACUGACGCCCGCUGCAAGCUGGCCGAGCUGGAGAGCGCCCUGCAGAAGGCCAAGCAGGACAUGGCCUGCCUGCUCAAGGAGUACCAGGAGGUGAUGAACUCCAAGCUGGGCCUGGACAUCGAGAUCGCCACCUACAGGCGCCUGCUGGAGGGCGAGGAGCACAGGCUGUGUGAAGGUGUGGGCUCCGUGAAUGUCUGUGUCAGCAGCUCCCGUGGUGGAGUCUCCUGUGGGGGCCUCGCAUACAGCACCACCCCAGGGCGCCAGAUCACCUCCGGCCCCUCGGCCACAGGGGGCAGCAUCACAGUGAUGGCCCCUGACUCCUGCUCACCCUGCCAGCCCCGCUCCUCCAGCUUCAGCUGCACCAGCAGCCGAUCCGUUCGCUUCGCAUAG